GCAGGCACGAAGUGUGGGAGCACCAGAGGAGGUGGUUCAGUCUGGAUAAAGUGCUUUCCUGAGGUGAAUCUGUUGCUCCGGAGGAACAAUGAAAUGCAGAAAUGUGUGCUGUUACCGCUGGUCCUCUGAAGAGAGGUUAGAUGGGAAAACCGCCAUCAUCACCGGAGCCAACACUGGUAUUGGAAAGGAAACUGCGAGGGACCUGGCCAGAAGAGGUGCACAUAUCGUCAUGGCUUGCAGGGACCUAGAGAGGGCAGAGGAGGCCAGGACGGACAUUAUGGAAGACACGGGGAAUGAGAAUGUGGUCAUCAGAAAACUGGAUCUCUCUGACACCAAGUCCAUCCGAGCGUUUGCUGAAAUCAUCAACAAAGAGGAGAAACAAGUGAAUAUCCUGAUAAAUAAUGCAGGCGUCAUGAUGUGUCCCUACUCCAAGACUGCUGACGGGUUCGAAAUGCAGUUAGGCGUCAAUCAUUUGGGUCACUUCCUGUUGACUUACCUGCUGCUGGACCUCAUCAAGCGCUCAGCCCCCGCCCGUAUCGUGGUCGUGGCGUCGGUCGCCCACACCUGGACCGGGCUGCGACUCGAUGACAUCAACAGCGAGAGGAGUUACGACACCAUGAAGGCCUACGGGCAGAGCAAGCUGGCUAACGUCAUGUUUGCACGCUCGCUUGCCAAACAGUUACAAGGUACAGGGGUGAGCGUGUUCUCUCUGCACCCGGGGGUGGUGCAGUCUGACCUGUGGAGGCACCAGCACCAGUGCAUCCAGGUGGCAGUGAAGAUCUUCAGGAUUUUCACAAAAACAACCCUGGAGGGGGCGCAGACCACCAUCUUCUGCGCUGUGGAGUCGGGCCUGGAGAGCGAGAGUGGAGGCUACUUCAGUGACUGCGCUCCGGCAAGGUGCUCUAGAGCGGCUUCUGAUGAUGAGACGGCCCAGAAACUGUGGGAGAUAAGCUGCAACCUGCUUGGCAUCACCUGGCAGUGAACAGGAGCAUAUCAACUGUGCCAGUGUGUGCUAUACAUCAUAUUUUAAAGAACACUUUUACACACUUUUAUAGAGAUAUUAAUCUUACUGUUGUGAAACAGGGGUAUUUUAUGACUCACAGUCCAGAAGUCGUUUAGUCACUUCCAAGAGUUCCUUUAUUUGUAAAAUAUCUAAAAAUUAAACGGACAUUUUAGUCAUUUUGUAAUUAUUCAACAUUCCUCAUGGGCAUUCUUUGCAAAGUCACUUUUGAGUGCAGAUGGCAUUAUUUCCUGUAAAGCUUCUUUAAAAGACGUGCAUGAUCUGUCUUUGGAUGGAAAUGUCUUUACAUUUGCAAGUGAGAAACAAAGUUCUGGUUUUCCAUUUGACCUACAUUUCUUAGGAUCAUUUUUGUGUGUUUGUUAUACUAAUUUCACCAAGAAGAGGUGUAGGUGGAAAACUACCCCAUGUUUUAAAUAUGAAUCAAAACACUCAUGUUGGCUUCCUUCUUUUAAAAAAUACAUUAUAUUGAAAAGAAAGAGUGCAUGGAGAAUUAAGGCUUACCCAUACAAAUUUAAAAAAAAAAGGAUCUUGACAAAAAUAUGCAUAUGCAAAAGCUUUUUAGUUUCUUAGAAAAAAGAUUCUGGUAAAACCAUAGACUUACAGAAUCAAAAACCAUGUUUCUUUCUCACUUGUUUCUAUAGCGCACAUAUUGUGGUUAAUCUUUAAAGCAAUUUGUGACAUUUAAUAAUAACUGGGUUCUGUUGUUUGUGAAGUAUUAUAAUGUAUAUUUAUUAAUCAGUAAAAUACAAUCCAUUGAUCUAAAAUUGUUUCAUUAAACAGCUGUGUAUCACAUUAUCUGCUGUUUCAGAUGCCUUCCUUUUAGCUGAGCGUGUGACAAUAUG